GAUCUGUACAAGGAGGCCAUGAUGGAGGAGCACCAGCCUCUUAUAUCACAAGAAAUUCCAAGUAAGAAUUCCGAGGAUAACGUCAUGUUGUUACGAAAUUAUAUAGUAGAAGACGAAGAUAUAAUGCAGCACUCUUCAGGAGAAAACCUUAAUUUACAUCUAGGACUUAACAGUACAGAAUUAUCAUAUAAUGAGGAACCUUUUCCUGAACAAUCGCACGUUGUUAUCACAGGUACAGGUCAGAAAGGGGGUGAAAGACUUCCGUGUGGUAAACAGUUCACAAAAAGCUUGGACCUUUCUACACAAAGAACUCACACAGAGGAGAAGCUAUACUCCUGUUCAGAAUGUGGAAAUACUUUUAUACAAAAAUCUGAUCUUGUAAACCAUGAGCAAAUUCACACAGGAGAGAAACCAUAUUCAUGUUCAGAAUGUGAGAAAUGUUUUACACAAAAAUCAGAUCUUGUUAAACAUCAAAUUUUUCACACAGGAGAGAAUCCAUAUUCAUGUUUAGAAUGUGGGAAACGUUUUACACAUAAAUCAGCCCUUUAUAAUCAUCAAAGAUUUCACACAGGAGACAAACCAUAUUUAUGUUUAGAAUGUGGGAAAUGUUUUACACGGAGCACAAAUCUUAUUGCACAUGAGAGAAUUCACACAGGAGAGAAGCCAUAUUCAUGUUCAGAAUGUGGGAAGUGUUUUACAAAUAAAUCGGAUCUUGUUAAACAUCAUAGAUGUCACACAGGAGACAAACCAUUUUCAUGUUCAGAAUGUGGGAAAUGUUUUACACGGAGCACAUAUCUUAGUGAACAUAAGAGAAUUCACACAGGAGAGAAGCCAUAUUUAUGUUCAGAAUGUGGGAAAUGUUUUACAAGUAAACAAGCUCUUAUUAUGCAUAAAAGAAUUCACACAGGAGACAAACCAUAUUCCUGUUCAAAAUGUGGGAAAUGUUUUACACGAAAAUCACAUCUUGAUGCACAUCAGAGAAGCCACAAUGGGAGAUGUCAUCUAAGUUUUGAUCUGAUCCUGUUCAGGUAUUUACCUAACAUGUCCCCUGAUGAGCCCAACGAUAGUACAGGUGAAACGUGCCGGGACGAUGACGUGAUAAAUCAACAUGGCGUCUUCUUGGCAGAUAGGAGAUUAGCCUGGACCUAUGCUGUAGAGGUCCAUCAAAGGGAGACCCCGACAGUGGAGUGGAACAGUCAAGUGAUCAUGGCCCAGAUGAGGGUGGACUGCAAGACCCUGACUCCAGGACAACAGAAGUUGCUGGAAGACACACUUUGGGAAUUUCAGGAGGCAUUCUCGAGACAUGAUGAGGACUUCGCGUGUGCUUCCACCAUAAAACACGAAAUCCCCACCGGCGAUGCUGCACCAAUCAGGGAACGUUACCGGCAAAUCCCGCCUAAAAUGUACCGGGAGGUGAAGGAUAUAGUGGCCAGCAUGUACCGGUGGCCAAGAAGACAAGUGAAGACGGCCUUCAUCCCACCUAUGGGACCCUACGAGUUCAACCAGAUGCCAUUCGGCCUGUCCAAUGCCCCGGGAAAAUUCCAGCGGUUGAUGGAGCACUGUCUGGGAGAUCUCAACUUUGAGUCGCCCCCGUGUAAGAGUGAGGUGGAGGAGGACAUUCCAGGAGAUGUCACCACAGAAAUUCCCAGUAAGAGUUCUGAGGAUGAAGCUAUAAUGCAGCGCUCUUCAGGAGAAAACCUUAAUGUUAAUCCAGGACUUCACAGUACAGAAUUAUCAUAUAAUGAGGAAACUUUUCCUGAACAAUCGCGCGUGGUUAUCACAGAUAUGGCUCGGGAAUUGGGUAAAAGACUUCAGUGUGGUAAACAGUUCACAAAAAGCUUGGACCUUUCUACACAAAAAAGAACUUACACAGAGAAGAAGCCAUACUCCUGUUCAGAAUGUGGGAAGUGCUUCACAUAUAAAUCUAAUUUUAUUAUUCAUGAGAGAAUUCACACAGGAGAGAAGCCAUAUUCAUGUUUAGAAUGUGGGAAAUGUUUUACACACAAAUCAGAUCUUGUUAAACAUGAGAGAAGUCACACAGGAGAGAAGCCAUAUUCAUGUUCAGAAUGUGGGAAAUGUUUUACACAGAAAGCACAUCUUAUUACACAUGAGAGAAGCCACACAGGAGAGAAGCCAUAUUCAUGUUCAGAAUGUGGAAAAUGUUUUACACACAAAUCAGUCCUUGUUAAACAUCAUAGAUUUCACACAGGAGACAAACCAUAUUCAUGUUCAGAAUGUGGGAAAUGUUUUACACAGAAAUCACAUCUUAUUACACAUGAAAGAAGUCACACAGGAGAAAAGCCUUAUUCAUGUUCAGAAUGUGGGAAAUGUUUUACAAUUAAAUCAGUCCUUGUUAAACAUCAUAGAUGUCACACAGGAGACAAACCAUAUUCAUGUUCAGAAUGUGGGAAAUGUUUUACACAGAAAUCAAAUCUUGUUACACAUCAGAGAUUUCACACAGGAGACACACCAUAUUCAUGUUCAGAAUGUGGGAAAUGUUUUACAAAUAAAUCACAUCUUGUUACACACGAGAGAAGUCACACAGGAGAGAAGCCGUAUUCAUGUUCAGAAUGUGGGAAAUGUUUUAGAAGUAAAACACAUCUUGUUAUUCAUGAGAGAAUUCACACAGGAGACACACCAUAUUCAUGUUUAGAAUGUGGGAAAUGUUUUACACAAAAAUCAGGUCUCGUUAGCCAUGAGAAAAGUCACAAAGGAGAGAAACCAUUUUCACAUAUUUUAACAUAUCAUCAAGUUAUUGAUGGACCUUAAACAGCCAAUAAGAAUAUUUUUAUUUUUGAUUACAAUUAUUCUGGAUCUCCCAGAUGACCAAAUUAAUAUUUCUCUGAUGUAAACUGUGACUGAGAUCCACAAAGGAAAAGUGUUGUGGAUAUAAGGAAGAGAAGAAGAGCUUUGUUUACUUCCAGAGCAGUGAAGAUGAAUUGUCCCCAUGAACCUUGCUUCUUAUCACUGUAUUCACACCUCCACCCACACUGCGGGAGAGUCCAGAGUGACAUGGGGAGAAGUAACGACGCUCCAUGGAAUUGUUUUAACAGUAUUUAAAUGGACUCUCCAGACAUUUUGGGAGAUCAAUCCUUUCUUCUGUCCUGUGGAAAAAAUAUGUUUUAGUUAGAACUCGUCCACGAGUUGUGCCGCCAAUGCUGCAGUCUCUGCUUCGCUCACACAGGCUGGGGGCUCUUCCUCCUAUGUCCUGACCAGAUUAUAUUAACCAGAUAAUAUUAAAUGCAAGUGAACAGGAAAGGAACAUAUCCAGUCAAGAUUCUCAGGCCUGUGGCCGUGCAGCAGAGUCUGCUUUUAAAUGAGGGGUUUUCUAAAAAACCAAAAACAAACAGGAGAUCCCUUAUAAAGAUAAAAGGAAAUUUUAUAUUUGUGCCAAGAAAUGUUGAUGAAUUAUUGGUAUUUUGUAUGUCUCAGAUAAGUUCUGUCCGGUAGGUCGCCCGCUCAUUUAUGCUCUGCUUGUUGAAGAUCUAAUACAUGUAAUACAAUUUCUUCUUUUUAACAACAUCUUUUAUUAGAUUUUCUCAAUACAAUUCUGACCCCGGGUGUGAGAUGUAAUAAAAAUAAAGGAAAAGUAUGUAAAAUAUACAACUGCACAAGAGCAACUCAGUUAUACAGCUAUAUGGUCACAAUAUAAUCAAACUAUUUAUCUCUGGGAGAUUCACAGUUUUCAUUUCAGGUUGUAUAUGUGACAUAGUGAUGUGGGAGGGAACACCACACCGACCACAGGAUGGAAGGGAAAAGGAACUAGGCCUCAAAGCUAGGGAGAGGGAAACGGGCACGACCUAUGGAAACCCUAAUCCUAGCCCUGACUCCUAUCCGUAUGAACGGACCUUGAGGGUAGGAAUGUUUAUAGACUGUAACCUAAGACCCUGAAAACCCUGAAUCGCCCUAGAAUAAUGUCUGGGCUUGAUACGGCCUGUUCCUUCCAAUAUAUAAGAACCAGCGUCUCCCUGAGGCUUAGUAACAAAAGACAGAGGGGAAACCACAAAAUAUGAAAGAGAAGUAACACUUAAAUUCUGAAGUACCGUAUUUUUCGCCCUAUAAGGCCCAUAAGACGCACCUAGGUUUUUGAGGAGGAAAAUAGGAAAAAAUAUAUUUUGAACCAAACU